UCUUAAUUAGCUAGCGUUAGGUAGACAUUGACCGGGUGGGCGGACUUUCCUCUCGGCUUUGCAGGUUAGCUGUGUCGUUUAUCGUACCCGUUGUCAGUUAGCUUGAUUGGAAGCUAAUUUAUCCAACCUCAAAAGAUAACACGUUUGUGCGUUUACAACUCGGUUUCCAGGAGUUAAGAAACUUGGUCUGUGUGUCGAUUUAUUUGUUGAAAACAACGAGGGCUAACGUACGGUCUGACAGACAAACCCAAGCUAACGUCGCUGAAGGUGUAGCUAACGCAAUGUGUUUCGGGAGACUGAAAAAGUUAAACAAGUUUGUCAAGCCAUGACGUUACGUUGAUUGUCCUACAGUUGAAGCCUGGGUUAUCGCAACCUAUUCACUUGUAACUAACGUUAGCUUAUUGACUUUAUUUGAAGGUAACGUUGAGUUAUCGAAAGCAAAAGCAACCUUUGCAGCUCCAAAGGUUGUCAGGUUUAACCAAAGACAUGUAGACGAGAAGCCUGACUUGUAAAUGCUUUCAUUGCAAUAAGAGCAUUGUAAUUUAAGGAGGGGUCAGCCCUUGUUUCUUUUAAACUGCUGAAACACACCCACAGGUGUGUCUAUGGCCUGAGGACGACAUUCUGCCAAAUCAUUGUCAACAAGUAUUACAGCUUCCCAGCUGAGCUGGCAGCACAUGCAUGCUUCUCCAGUAAGUUUACAGCGCUUCCUGGCCAACUUUAGCGAGAGGAAUUGAGUGUCAGGGAUUUGAAUUCCACUUCAAUAGAGAAAGCAUGACAGCUGUGGUAGGCAAAGCAUGGGGGUGGCUGCGCUCAUGGGGCGGCACUGAUGUGUCAGAGAAUACCACCAUGGUGUCAGCCAAGGGCCAGAUACAUGACUUCAGUAAGCAGGGCCCCAGGGGGUGGACCUCUUGGAUCUGGGGAGGGUUGAGACAAAGUGACCAAAGCAGUCCAGUGGAGGAGUACUGGGAGGCACAGGAGAAGUUUCAGCCCAUGGAAGUGAAUGCCCAGGAGAUGGGGGCAAAUUCUAGGUGGUGGAACAAAUAUCUCCACACUUCUUACCUUUCGUGGCCAAGGAAAACGGAAGCAAGCGGACUGAGACGCAGGAAACGGGAUGGCCGCAGUGCAGAUCCGUGGGACUGUGAUGUUGAUGGGGAUUUUUCUGACUACGGGACACCACCUCCAUCUCCUACACCUCCUUCCUUUCAGCUGACAUCUCCUUUUCGACUCUUUGCACACAGUUUGAAGGUGGAAAUCGUGCCGGAGCACUACGAGAUCUCUUUCAACUUCCUCCGCCACUUGUUUGAUCUGUUUGUGGUGGGCUUCCUUUGGACUGUGUCCCCCCCUGCCAAGCUGAUCCUGGAGGUGUUGGGGGUCCAAGGAGCGCUGAGGCUGUGGCUCCAUGGCAUGGCCAUGUUCUUUGUCUCCACAGUUGGAAUGGCAGGAUUACUGUGGCUGAUCCAGGAGUAUCUCCCUCAGUUUGCGUUGAUCUAUGGCAUCAUCCAGGCUCUGGUGAUCUCGGUCAGCGUUCGCCAGAGUGUGAUGCUUGGCGUAGAGGUAGAAAAAGAAGAGAAGGAUGACGAGGGCAUGGAGACGGAGGAACCCAAAGAAAAACUUGUGUCUGUUAAGGACAAGGUGAAGACAAGUUAAGUUUAAGACGGUGAGAAGUUGCUGCCCAUCCAGGAGUCCAUCAUCAGUCCAGCUGUGUCAGACCUCCUCCAGCGGGACAGCACCUCUGUUCUGCACAGUCAUUACAAAAACUUCUGUCACUUUAUGUUCAACACUAUUGAUCUGCAUUUAUAGACGUCUGUCCUCACUUGGCCUUAAAGUUGUCACCAGAAUGUUGACAGUGAUAGCAGUACGUAGUUUAGUAUCACAAAGUACACUACUACUCUUAACGGUGGUCAGUAAUGUUAGAGAAACACAGCCAGUAUUCAGGGAAUACUAAUGUUGCGUUUCAUCGUGUUAACAUUUGAUUUCUUGUCCUGUGGGACUAUGUUUCUCACGAUUCACCACGAGGCAGUCACCCGGUUUGGGACCAAGUGACUGCCUUUGGUGCAUUCUGGGUAUGAAGAAAUGAACACGUGGCAACCCAAAUACACUGUCUAAAUGAUCAGAAACUUUAUUGAUCCCCACGAGAAGGUAAGGAAUGCAAAGAGAUACAAACGGCAUUGACCAAAACAGGUUAUGUGAAACAUUGUAGGGGGGUGAGAGAAGCAGAGUUUUAGCACAGGAGUCUUCACAUGGGAGUAUUUAGCAAAUGCACAGCCGUUUAAAAGAAAAAAUAUCCCAGAGCCCCUGAACGCCAGGUCACUGACUGUAAAGCAGCAAGCUGCUCCCACACAGACGGGCUGCUGCUGAGGCUCGGUUUGUUUAGACUGGGAUGACUCUCAACCCUUAAACUCAGUUCAUUUGAGUUUGGAAUCACAUGAUUCUAGUCGAUCGGGGUUCAGUUUUAACCGCUGACUGUAGUGUCUCUGUAUUUGGGUUUGUCUCUGGCCACCAUCUUUGCACAGUCAUAUUUCACGCUCCCCAUCCAAUGGUCAUCCCAUCUUUAAUUCGACUGAAGCUGGAAACGCAGACACAUUCAGGCGUGCGUUUCCUGUUUCAGUGCCAUCGCUCUCUGUCCGAUACAAUCGCUCUGCAUUUGGAAGUAGAGAAACGCGGUGUCAUCCCCUGGUGUAGUACAAUAAUAAACUACACACUCUAAUAUUGCUUUGUUUACAGUCUGCUUAAUAUAUUUGUAUGCUCGCAUCCCACCUAUGACAUCACAUCCCUUUUCGAGAACAGGAGGCUGAUGUGAACUGACCUUUUUAUUGGAGCAAAUUCCGAUGUCCAAUGUGGUCAAUGGUGGGAAGCCUGAGAGGUUGUUAGUACUAACCUGUUAAUAAGCACACACACACACACACUACAGAAUAUACUCCAUUAAAGCCAUACUAUCUCCUUAACCCAGUAUUAACCUCCAACUUUGUUUUUUAAAAAUAAAAAUGUAUUUUAAGACCGAAGACUAGCUGAAUGAAAUGAAAUGGAUAAGUCUAUGGCAGGGGUCUUUGUUUUCUAAGCCAAGGACCUCUUAACUGGACUUAAACGGAUCAGGGACCCCCUACUAUUGUAAAACAUUAAGUUGCAUAUGGGCCUACAAUAACGUAGGACAGCAUUAGUAAACAUACCUUUUUAGUGCUUAGGAUACUUGGCUAUUAAAAUAAUUGUUGGCAUGAUUUUAUAAAUCAUGACCGGAAUUCUCCUUUAACAUAUGCGUAUGUGGCACACUUAACUGUAUCUGUGGAUGGCUGCCUUACCUACAGGCCAGUAAGCUCGUAGGUAGAGUAGUCAGUGUUUUAGUAGGCUGAUUUAUAUUCACUAAUAUGUGCAGUGACUUGGAGAACCCCCUGUUGAAGAUCUCUGUUCCAUGGGGUUUUCUUUUUCUUGGAACAGCAGCAUCUAAAGGCCUUUGAGAGGGUUCAGUACUCUGCUGUGAUGGUUGCUGCUUGUUCUAUACUAUGAAGAAAUGGAACAUUCAUUGUUUCUGCUGGUGAAUCUGUUUUGUACUUUAUGUACUGUAUGUUGACAUAUUGAAGUGAAAAAGGCCUUUCCUGGAACCUCCCCACAUACAGAACAGGGCACUGUCAAUGUUACUUGUCUUAUUCUACCUGUGUAGGGUUUUCAGUGACCCGUAAUACCAGCAGCACAUGUGAAUGUGUCCUUUGUACGCACUUGUUUCUUGGCCGUCAUAUUGCUCAGUUCAAACGUCUCAUUUAUCCACAACUGCUGUAUGUGUUUUAUGGGCUUUUACUUCCUUGUUAUGCUUUAGAUUUAAAAGAUACAACAAUAAAAGCCCAAACACAAUUUGGUUUGCGUGCAGAAAAGCAUGUUUUACACUCCUGUUACAUCGAAGCACCUUCGACUUGCAUUAGACAUUCUCUAUAGCAUGUGCUGCUCAUCCAUUUAUCCCACACACAUGCGUACGUUUGCUUCCAUCAGCCUGUGAGAUGUGGGCGCUGGCUGCUGACAAUAUUGAGAUGAUCAUUUAAUCUUGUUUGAGUGCACAUGAUGUAUGACAAAAUUAGAAUAAAAAAAUGCAUGAAAAUGCAGCAACUACUGCCAAAACCUCCUGAGUAUACUCCUGAGCACACACUGCCUGAGUGACAUGGAAUGGGAAGGUAAAUGAUCUUAAUUUUAAUUUUCAAAUUGGCAGAUAAUGUGCGAUAAUGUAAACGUGAAAAUGAAAUUGCAAACUUUGGAAUUUUGGGCUGAAACAAUCGAUUAGUCGGUUGCCAGAAAAUGUAUCUGCAGCUAUUUAGAUAAUCAAUGGCUUGUUUAAGUCUUUUCUUUUUUUCUAGUUGCAGCUUCUCAGCUGCAGCUGCUUAUUAUUAUGAUUAUUAUUAUUAUCACAGCAAGAGAAGUCAUUUGAAGAUGGACCUUUAGGAAUUUGCGAUGGCCAUUCCUCUGUAUUUUGAUCCUUUUAUUGACAAAACCAUAAUAAAACCAACUACAGCCCUUUAUUAAUUUGAACUCUGUUUUAACUGAUAGUUACUAAAUAAAAUGUAAACAGUUUAAUAAGACAAUACAAUCACGUAAUAAAUAAGUCAGAUUUUCAGGUUUUACUUUACAUUGUCUGCCGAUUUGUAAAAGAAAAAGUCCAUUUCAUCAUUGUUGAGGGUAUGUUAUGCUAAGGAAUGUACUGCAAAUGAUUGGAACUGUAGUUUUUAUUUCCAAGCAAUACAAUUGGAUUUUGAAAUUAAAAUAUAAAUGUUUUGUUGUACACAAAUGGAAAAUUCAAUUUGACCAAAUGUCUAAUAAGAAUUUGUGUUCCAAGACGGCGAUGCAGCGUCUCCAACUCCUUGCCUUUUAUUCAUUCUUUGCUUAUGUGAGAGUUUUACUGCAGUGAUAUUAACGCUUGUAAGGACAGGUAUUUUUAUAAGAGCAGCCUGCCCACACACGUAACAAGUGCUGGAUCACUGUCUCUGUGCAGAGACUCCAUCCUGCUUCCCUAAAUAAGCAGGACGAAGCUCACAUGGUGUCAUUUGAACUCUACAGUGAACUGUGACCGUACACCUGAAGCCAACACUACACUGACGGGAAAUAAAGAUUCUCUUUUAUUA